CUGAGUGACCUUGCAGUGCGGACGGCUGUCGCCGGGCCCAGAUUGGCACCGGUCGGGCAGCGAAUGUCGGGGUCGACGCGCCCCAGUCCGCCCCGUCUGUGUUAUGUCUGCCGGCGCCGCGGCGGCGCACCGGCGCGUCUGCUGAGCGGCCGGCUCGGGUGCCGCCGCGCUCGGCUUCCGCCGCCGGCUCCGACGGGAGGUGCGUGCCGUCUCCGGUUUCUUCCGUCGGCGGCGGCGUUCCUGAAUCAUGCGCUAUAAGCGUCCCAGUCGGCGCGUGCGCGCUAGGGCCGGCCGCGCCGUCGGCGGCGCCGGAGGAGGCUGCGACGGACGGUCGCUGCCGACGGUGUCGCCUCUGUGCUGUCCGAUUGGCCAUCAUGAGCGACGCAGGAGCGGUGCGCGCGGGAUCGCCGGACCAGAACAUGCAGGAGUUUGCCGAGACGGCGAUGAAGGAGAUGCUCAGCUGGUACGGGUACGAGCGGCGCGACUCGCCGCCGCCGCGCCGCCACUCGCCGCCGCCGGCCGAGGGCUCGGCGGCGGGCCGCCUCAGCCGGCCGUCGUCACCGCUGACGGAUGGCUCCGUGUCCCCGCGGCCCGUCUCCCCAGUCACGGCCGCGCUCGCCAACGACGGUGGCUGUAAGCGGACCCCAGUGGUGUGCUCCUGGUGCAAUAAACUCGGUGCUCAGCUCUACACUAUGGGCUCAAAGGCCUUCUGUUCAGAGCCGUGCUUCAGCCAGUCAAGAGUGGCCAAUUUCCGGAAGACAAAGCUCUGCGAUUGGUGCAAGAACAUUCGAGACUCACUAAACAUCGAAUUUAUCAACGGGGAUCAGCAGCUCCAAUUCUGCAGUGAGAGCUGUCUAAACGCCUACAAGAUGAACAUAUUCUGCAAGGAGACGGAGGCGCACAUCCAGAUGCUGCCCCAGCUGCGGGAGCUGGUGUCGCGCUCCUCCAAGGACCCGCUCAUCACUCCCGAGAUGUGGCUGCGCGACCGGCCGCCCAGUGGCGCCGCCGCGCCCGCCGCCGAGCCAGCGCCCCCGACCGGCGACGAGGGCAGCGCCGCGGCGGCGGCCAGCGACCGGCGCCGAGUGCGGCGCGCCCGGCCCGACCCGCAGCGGCCGCCGCCGCGCGGAGUGCGCGCCCGCAGUCACACCAUGCCCGUGCUGGAGCUGCGCGAGCGGGCCCGCAGGAGGCCGUCGGCGCCCUCCCGGCAGCCCCCACCGCCGCCACCCCCCGCCGGCAUGGCGCCGGCUGCUGCGGUCGGCCCGCCGGCGGCGGUGCCAGCGGCGGCAGCGGGCGCCCCCUGUCCGCCGGCGACCGGCCCGCCGGCGGCGCUGUGGCAGCGCUACCACUUGCUGCGGCCGGACUGCCCCAUUCUGAAGCGUGAGCUGGAGAAGGAGUCGGCCUCCGGGUCCGACACAGAGGGACUGGACCUGACCGUUCGAAAACGGAAGACAGAUCACCCCAGGAAAAUUAAAAUGGAGGAAGAUGACUUUGAUUGA